ACAAGUACUGAACUGUAAAUGGGGGGCGGAAGAAGGGUGUGGUCUCCAUGGUGAUGAUGCUUGACGUCAUCAAGAAGCGCCGGCUGAGAGGCAGGUUGUGGAGUUGCUAUUGUAGCUGUCAAAAAUGGGAGGCAGGAGAGCCCUGCACUAUGUCCUCAAAGUGGCUGAUAGGCCUCAGACUGCACGAUUCUUCCGAGAUGUUCUCGGAAUGAAGGUUUUACGUCAUGAAGAAUUUGAAGAAGGUUGCAAAGCAGCUUGCAAUGGCCCCUAUGAUGGGAAGUGGAGUAAAACCAUGAUAGGCUAUGGGUCUGAAGACAGCCACUUUGUUGUGGAGCUGACCUACAACUAUGGAGUCGGGGAGUACCGUCUCGGCAAUGAUUUUUUGGGACUGACACUACAGUCCAGUCAAGCUGUAGUCAAUGCAAAGAAGAUGAAUUGGCCGCUUUCUGAAGUAUCACCUGGACUGUUCCAGACUGAAGCUCCUGGAGGUUACAAGUUCUUAUUAGAAGACAAAACUCAACCCAACACAGAUCCAGUGCAGAAAGUGACUGUUGCUGUAUCCAACCUGCAAAAGUCUACUGCCUACUGGUCUGACUUGUUAGGCCUCAGAGUCUAUCAUGAGGAUAAGGCCAAAAAGAGCGUCCUGUUGGGCUAUGCAGACAACCAGUGCAAGCUGGAGCUGCAGGAUAUCGGGGGACCAGUGGAUCAUGCUACAGCGUUUGGACGAAUUGCAUUUGCUUGUCCAAAAGAUGAGCUUCCAGCUAUUGAGGCAACCAUGAAAAGAGAGAAUCAAAAGAUCCUAACUCCACUUGUAAGCCUGGACACCCCAGGGAAAGCUACAGUCCAAGUUGUUAUCUUGGCUGAUCCUGAUGGUCAUGAAAUUUGCUUUGUUGAAGAUAAAGCAUUCCAAGAACUGUCCCAGUUCGAUCCAAAGGCUGAUCAGCUUCUCAAUGAUGCAAUGUCAGCAGACAAGAGUGAUGAAUGGUUCGCAAAACACCAAAGACAGAAGCCAUCUGCGUGAUCAACCAGAAUGAUGUAAAAGCCUUUACCAGCCUCUGCUUUAUAGGCUCACAAAGGAAAAAAAAUGACGUGAUGACCAAUAAAGUUGCAUAAAAUUAAA